AAAAGUGUCAAAUAAAGUACUGUCUUUUAUAUAGAAUACUUGCAUUGAAAUAAUGCCCAAAUUGAUCAUGAGAAACACACAAAAGUGGCGUUGCUAUUCUGAUGACCCCAGCUGACACCAGUGCGUAAAGUUUGCUAAGUAAACUCAAGGCUUGUGUAAGCUACAUUAUAAGCCUUGUGUAACUGAACUCCACAGGGAGGAAAGAGUUAAGUAUUUUCUCUCGAACCUCAGGCUUUCUGUGCAUGCGUAAGUCAACUAGCCCGUUUUGAUAAAUGGCUGAGAAUUCCAAGCUUCCUGUCCUCUCCAACUGUCAGUAGUGCCGCACACAGAGAAAACUGGCAGGCUAUGCCGCAUAUUCACUGGAACGGAUAGUGCGCGCGCUCCUCCUUAGAACUUUCAUCUCCUCCACAGAACCACCUUAGCUUAUUCUGUGCAAUAUAAAUGUCAUAUACGUAGGCCUGUUGUUUAAUGUUGUAGUUAGUGAGUUCUAGAGAGGGUUUAGUACGUUAAAAUUAUCAGUUAUGGCGAAGUGGUCGGUUUUACUCUUUUACCUCCUCCAAGGACUGGUUCAUGUCAUUACUGGGCAGCAGCAGCCGCCGCGCGAGCGAGUGGGGCCUUGGCGGCAGAGGAUUCAGUGGGAGAAUAACGGUAAGGUGUACAGUUUGAUGAGCACCGGGUCAGAGUAUCACCCGCCCGCGCGGCAGAGAAGCCAGUCCAGGGUCUACAUGAGCACUGGGAGGGAUGGCACCGGUCAGACGCAGCCUGGAACGCGGGAAGGCACAGUGGCGUACAGAAGAUCUGGACCAAUCGAAUCGAACGUAGGUGGACAUUUACGGGACCAAAGCAACAACGUUCUAGAUCCUGGAUCUGUACAUCUAGGACAUGACAGUAGACAGUAUAUGGUACCCAAUGCUCGCCAGUCAGGGGCCAGGCCGCAGCCCGAGGUGCCAUACCGAGCGGGAGUGGCGGGGUCCCCUGGCGCACGGCGCUACUCUCCAGAGUACACUUACCGAGUAAACGCCUCGGUCCCCGGGCUGCUCCCCGAGUUCUCUGGUAGUGGGGUACCGAGGAGAGGAGCCCCUGUCACUCAGGAUGCUACCUGGGGCAGCGAGGCAGUGCCUGUACCGGGCGGAGAAUACCAAGAGAUGCGCGCGGAGGCCGGAGCAUCCGUCUCCAGGCAACCCGCACUAACUGACAAUUCCAACGCACGUUAUGUCAUCCCUAACGGGAGGGGUGCUCCUCCAGGACCCGGACCCGUUAACGCUGCUGAGACAUCGAAUGAGGCAGCGAGUAACGGCGAGGACAUGGUCUCGGACGACCCUCGGAACCCUUUUAAAAACCACCGGAAUUCCGUCUUCUACAACAUGUAUUCCUCCAGAGGCAGAACGCCGGUAGCACGCACGCGGCGUCCGCGUCCCCCGGCGCCCGCCCCCGGCACUGGAUAUGGCACUACAUAUUUUCAGAAUGGGCUCCCAGAUCUCGUCCCAGACCCGUAUGCCAUCCAGGCAGGUGCCUACAUCCAGCGGAUGCAGAUGUACUCGCUGCGCUGUGCAGCUGAGGAGAACUGUUUGGCGAGUUCAGCGAGCACAGCAAGGGACAUAGACUACAGAGUACUGCUCCGCUUCCCCCAGAAAGUCAAGAACAAAGGCACCACUGACUUCCUUCCUGUCAAACCAAGACACCAGUGGGAAUGGCACAGCUGUCACCAACACUACCACAGUAUGAAUGCCUUCAGUAGCUAUGACCUGCUGGAUGUGACAACAGGAAGGAAGGUAGCUGAGGGACACAAGGCCAGCUUCUGUCUGGAGGACACAGGUUGUGAUGCUGGAUUUAGACGCAGAUAUGCCUGCACCGCCCAUACACAGGGGCUGAGUCCAGGCUGUCAUGACACCUAUGCUGCCAAUAUUGACUGUCAGUGGAUCGACAUCACUGAUGUUCCUGUAGGAAAAUACGUCCUGAAGGUCACAGUGAAUCCCAGUUAUCAUGUUCAAGAGUCGGACUAUUCCAACAAUGUGGUGCGGUGUGAUGUCAUAUACACGGGUACUCAGGUUCAGACACGGAACUGUCGGGUAACCAGGGGUUAAAGUGUUCCAUGGAUUCUGAGGUAUUUUCCUCUUGUCUCUUUAAGUACUGUAAACAACAACAAUCUCAACCAGUUGUUGUGGUAAUAGCUGUUGUCGAUAGAUUUGUUUUUAUAACAUUCCUCUUAUCACUUGAUGACAUUCCUUCGAUUCAUUAGUGUGUUAUCUGUUUGGAAAUCUGCACCAAAGGAAGCAUUUUGUAACUAAAUACAGAGGAUUAUGACAUGACAUCAUGUAUUUUUAUUGAUGUGACAAAUCCGCUGAAGAAGAGGGGAUAUUUUUGUAUUAUUUAGCAUGAUCUUGGAAAACGGAAUGGAAAAAGUGACUUUGCUUGAAUGAGACAUUAUGCUUGAAUAAUAUUAUUUGUCCGCUUUGAUGUUUGAUCUGCAGUUGUAUAGUUAGAUGCAGUUGGGUGCCUCUUUAACCACUUCGUGGCCAUAAUUAAUACGUUGCAAACGCCUGGUCUGUAUGUGCUAAGUAUCAAUUUAAUAAUAGAUUUAGUUUUACUUUGUAAGUACGGUAUGUAUGCAUGUGUGAGCGAAUUGAAUUUUAUUUUAUUUUAAAUUGUAAUGUAACAUUGUUUAUAUACCGCUCAAACCUGAAUAUUACAAUCGGUGUUGUUUUUGUUGAGGAUGUUGUUCUAGAUACAAUAAGCAUGGUGAAGAGUGAGUAUAUUAAAAAUACAUUCACCUCUGA